AACGAAUUAUGCAGAUACUAUAUUGAAAGAUGUUUCUUAAUCGAAUAUUUAAAUAUCAGAGGAUUUGAAAAGGAGACCUCAGAAAAUCAUAAAUUGUUGGCGUUCCCGUAAUACCCUGUGGAAAGAAGAUUAAUCUAUUUUCAAAAGGACACUGCCCUCGGCUAUCGUAUUACCAUGGUUAAUUGUAUCAAAUUACUAUUGGGACAUUAGAAACUAAUCAGUGCGCCAUGUGCAGUCGCAUAAGGCAUGUGAUAACAAAUACAAUCGAUACGUUUAUUAUUAAUGCCAUAAUAUACUAUGCAACGUACAUACGAGAAUACAUGGAUUGAAUAUAUAAUUUUAAAAAAGUAAGUGUUAUUACCCAAAGAUUUUUUUAUGACAAAUAUUCUAAUUCUAGGGUCUAAAAAAUAUGGUUUCCUGAAGUCUGGAUGGAAGGUACGAGAUAAGGUAGAGUCAAUUGUACAUGGUUGAGAAUUAGGUAAACUGAAACGUUUGAGAAAGAAAAAUGGACGAAGACGACGAGAGAAAGAUACGUCAGUCAAGAGCGAAGAGGUCACUUACUAGAAUUGCUCGUAAAAUCAAGGGUCGCGCGUUCGGGGCAUUAGGCAUCAUCGUACGAGAGGGAUGGUUUUAUCGAAGCGUACCUACCAGGAUGAAGUCAGAAGGGGAUGGCUCCAAGAAGAGAAUAGCCGACUGUAGGUGGAGUGUAGGUAGAUACCUAUACAAGAACAACAUAGAAUGAGGACUAACGAAGGCAGACCACACUAGGGGGUUGUUGGGCGUUCCAAUGGUUACGCAUGCUUCAAGGAUGGUUCCUACUGAACCAAUAGGAGUCUCCCAUCUCGACUAAGGGUAGUACGAAGUCAGCGUGGGGUUAGUACCGCCCCUAGUACACCCUCCACCGUUAUUGAAUUAAGCUUAUCAUUUGAUUUUGAGGAAACCCACCAGUCGGUUGUCUCGGGCGCUCUUAGCGGGACGAAAAACUUGGCUAUCACGGAUAAUCGCAAUAAUUUGAUAUCGCUGAUCCGAUUACUUCAUAACCUCGUUGUGCCCGGAGAGAGAACAAGAGAGCAAUAGGGACGGAGAGCGUGAGAGAACGAGAGAGGGCCAGCCACCUGUCUAGGGAGAGAGCGAGACAGCCAAGGAGAGGAUAGGUUCAAAUAGGCAGAGAGAGGGAGAGUAAGAUCGCGCACGAUCAAGAGAGAGUAAGACAUAGGUGGAGAGACACCCUUUACUCGUGGAAGGUGCCCGUCGAGAGAGCAGCCGACGGUUUUCUUCUGGCCGUGCGGGCCGAGGCCGCCGGUGGCGCGAACCUCGCCUCAGCCAGGCCGACCCGUCAGGAGGACCUCGUGAACUCUUACAAAAACGUGGUCGAAACAUUCCAAGUGCUUCGAUAAAAAAAACUCAGCUUUUUUGGAUCCUGAAUUUGAGUAUUCUGGACGACGUGAUUUUUAUAAGAGAAUCUAUGUAAUAGGGAUCAGUUGUUACGCGGAGUGUCGUUAAAAAAAAGAAAUCAGUGGCGGAUCAAUUGGUGCAGUGAUCAAUAACUUGUAAAGGCCAUCGUGCAUCUGAAAGUCCAUUCAAAUUUGACGACCGACGACAUCGAAGUUUGACCUUAUAUAUUCUUGGAGGUCCAUUCCAAUCGGUACCAGGAUAUCCAGUGUUGGAAGUUGUUACAAUUUUGUAAAAGGGUAUAGGCAACCGAUCCUGAGGGACGGGGUCCCGUCGGCAACUGGCAAGGAACUAUCAUAUUCGCAAUGGACUAUUCGUAUCUAAACCAAGCUGCGGCUGCGGCUGCAGCUGGUUUUGAAGCAUCCAGUUGCGCUUUGGCUGCAUCGGAGAUGCAAUGUGGUUAUGGCGAUUUAAGCUCUUGCUCCCAAAUGAGUCAAGCCGCGUACAGAUACACUGCGGCGAGAGCUGCUGGUUAUCCAGGUAAUUCAGGUACACCUGGUACGGGAAGUGGUGCUCCUCUUGGUUCCCAUCAUGCCACCCAUCCCCAUGCACAUGCACAUCAUGGUGCCCAUUCUACACCAUGCUCCGUUAUGGCUGCUAGGUCGCAAGAUGUCCAUCGGCACGCGGCUUCGAUCUUUCCGUCGGCUAUUAAUUUACAGGGUGGAUUAGGAUACAAAGCAUAUUCCGGUCACGAUGGUCUUGCGGAGAAGAGAAAACAGCGUCGGAUACGAACAACCUUCACGUCAGCACAAUUGAAGGAACUGGAACGAGCAUUUCAAGAAACCCAUUAUCCAGACAUUUACACGCGUGAAGAAAUCGCCAUGAAAAUCGACCUUACGGAAGCCAGAGUACAGGUGUGGUUUCAGAACAGACGAGCAAAGUUUCGUAAGCAGGAACGUCUAGCCCAGCAGAAAUCGUCGUCGCAAGGCGUUGGAGGCGACAGUGGCGCCUCUAGUCCAGUAUCUGGGAACGUCAAAGCAGAAGGCCGUUCGCCGAGAAGCCCUGCGACGCCACCGGGUGGCGUUGUUUCUUCGGCUGAGAUAAAGCCUAUUUCGGGUGCGAGUUUAGUAAAUGUGAAACAUGCUGAUGGCGAAUCGGGCUCGCCAAAUACCCGCGGUAAUGGCGGCGGUGGUGGUGGAAAUGCUGCUUCAUGGGGAUCCUGUAGCCCUAGGCCGUUUAGCGCUGCGCUGCCGCCGUAUCUUCUCGACCCACUGCCACUCAAAACCGCCAACCUCUAUUAACUGACUUCGUCCGGUAAUGUAAAUAGACUCCUCAUACCCUGCAGUUCGUUAUUCCUUGAGUAGGUUGCAUAUCCUCGGUGAGCAUGAUUAUAAUCUUUCUUGUGUUCUUUGGCGUGAAGUAAUUUUUUUUACGCAGAACUAUAUUCCUUGGAAAAUUUGUUGUAACUGAUGGUUUUUGUCCAGAACUCUCGGAAACUGCCAUAUGAACUAGAUUAAUAUUUGGAACGCUUGGAAAAUUAUGGAAUAUUCUCUGUCCUGAGAAAUCUAACUAGCAAAAAGAAAUGUUCCAUCGAUGUCCCUUUAACGACUAUGAAACGAAUUAACGUCCAAUGCACGUCUAUGAAAAGAAUUAACAUAAUGUCAAAAUAUUCAAUAAUAUUCCAGUAAGAACGAUCUACCACUGGCAUUGGAUCAUUCAGAUCUUAUGAGCCCAUUUUGACUUUUACCUUUAGCCAUAUCAGGUCUUCUCAAAGAACUCAUCUCGAUAUAAUCUAGAUUUGAUUUUAUCGUCCGACGAUAGCAGCCUACUCAGAAUACCCUACCAUUGCUCCCGUAAUAAUUGUUAAGGUUAAAUAAUAUUAUAUCAUUAUGUGUGACUGGAACUUGUACAGUUGUUGCUAUAAAUAUAUAAAAUUAGUGUUUUACACCACACUCGUACUUUUUCUAGUCGCCUAUUCGACUUGCGUUGAUCACUAUCUUACAAUUAAUUUCUCUGUCCUUAUCACUAUGAUUUUUACCUAAUAAUAAGCAUGUGUAUAAAUCUACCUCACCUCAUUCAUGAGUGAAAUUUUUAAGGUAAAACUAGUUGGCUGGGAAGAGCGUGAUUGGUCAGCAAGGGGCUUUCAAAAAAAUAUUUAUUUGAAAAUAAUCGCUUUGGACUAGUCGACAAUACACAAUAAAUAUAUGUAUAUACGCCCUCGUUAAAAUAUAUGAGUACACGAAUGGUAUGACUCUUCGAAUCUCGUAGCAGUGCGGUCAAUAGUAAUAAAAAAAAGAAGAAAAUCAAAACGAAGUUCAACGUAUCGAUGUGGUCGGGCAUCAGUAUCCAGCUGGUCGUUCGUACUCGUUUCUUUUUUUUUUUUUUUUU